CAGUUAAUUACUUUUGAAAGCUGUAACUUUUUAGCUGCGACACAUGCUUGUGGCCUUGAUGGAUGUUCGCAGUGGUUUCUGAAGGUGAAACAUUACGACACCCUAACUCCUGGCAAUAAUGAGCCAUACUGUCAGGCAUUGGUCACUUAUCUGAGGUGUCUAAAUGAGACGACUCUUGCAUGCCGCGGCAACCUCCAGUUCUACACAAACCUUUUCGCAAUGCGAAAACAAUUUCGAGAGUUCGGCUGUGCUUCAUACAAGCAAAGAGAAGAGCAAAACAGGUCAGUGUUGAUUACGUGUCCUCCUGGAAGGAUGAGAAUUUGCACAUUAUUUGGUGAUCCACACCUCAUACGAUUUGACGGUACAAUGCAGUCAUGUACAGAAGAAGGAGCUCGUUCGCUCAUGGAUAAUCGACAUUUCCUGAUUCAAGUUACAAAUUCGAACGUUCGAAAUCAAGCCCAUACAACGUCUGUGAACAAAAUCACACUUUUGAUUCGUAAUCACAACUGUACCCCUUCAUUGCGUUAUGAAGCCGCUUCGGAUGAAGAAACGCUACCCAUAUCAUUUGUCGACGGAGUCCGAGGCCAUGAAACAGAUGAUCAUCGGAAAACCGUCGAGGUUCUAAAUUACCAGAUUAUUCGACAUGACGACCAUGUGGAAAUCGCUAUGCAUCACAUUCAAUCCAGUGUUCAUAUCCGACGACGUGGGCCGUAUUUGAGCGUUUCUGUGGUGGUUCCCAUAAACCUACAGGGCACAUGGACGUCAGCUGAGUCACUCUGCACUACUGGUUGUCGAAAUCGAUCCAUUAUUGAGAUCGAUAAAGUAUUGGCUGCUUCAAACAGAUAUGCCAAAUGCUAUGCUCGAAAGCUGCACGUACCUAUAAAGCUUGCAACAGAACGAUGCAAGACUGUGAACGCGACUGAUCACUUUUUUGACGCAUGUGUCUUCGAUCUCAUGCUAACAGGCGAUGAAUACCUGGUAGCAAUGGCACGUGAUGUACAGUCGGAUCAGCGGGCUCUAUUGCCCGAUCUGUGGCAUCCAUCAGGGCGUCAAAACAUUUCCGUAUAUAAUCAUCUCGUGAAUUCGACAUUUUCUAACUGUUUACCUUCUUCCUCAAACAUUCGCAGUUGGUAUCUUGCGAGUUUCAUUCUCCUGGUGGCAUUUUUAUUGUUCUGGGAUCAGCACUGA